AUGUCGGGUUACUCGGGUGAUGCAAACGUCAAGGCUGUCCAGGUGGUACCGAUGUCGAGGCUGCCCGCGUGGUUCCAGUUUCGUGGCUGUCCGCGUGGUGCUAAUGUCGAGGUUGCCGCGGUGGUGCUGAUAUCGAGUCUGUCCGGAUUUCGCGAAGUCGGGGCUGUGCUAGAGAUUAUGCGGGCAAUCGGCUCGCCGGGACGAAACUGA